GUGUCAUCGCAGGACAGUCCAUAGUUGUGGUUACAAUGAAUGGGCGAUAUGAUCUCAGAUUGCCUCAGAUUAGAUGCAAAGCAUGUGAAGCCACUUGGAGUCCUGGAGUGGAUGACCUGAUCCGUAAUGACUACUGGCCUGCCACUUCUCACUAUUCAACUGUGUAUGCAACAGAUGUCCUUUUUUCUUUUGAAGAGCUGAAGAUGGCAGCACCAGGGAUGUCUAGCCAAGCAUUUCUUAGAAUGCUGGAUCAACGCACUGUUCGAUUUGGCCGUAGCGGAAACAUCACAGCAGACAGCUUCCGGAAAAGCUUUUUGGAGUGGGAAGCUGUCCGAUUCGAAGUGGACAAAUUAUGCCAGGAGGACCACUUUGACUGCCCAGCGUGCAGCCCAGACAUGCUUGCAGUAUCCGUUGAUGGAAACCGUAAGUACUACAGAUUCAAGAGUGCAGCAAGAUCGGAGGAAAAAGCCAUCUUUGAUGGCGUGUUCAUCGCAAAUGAUGAUGAUGUCGCAAGAUUCGUGGACUAUGUCCAUACCUCAACCAGUCAUGUCUCUGGAAGAGGUGUCUGUGGAGGGCAAUGGUCAGCGGCGCGUGAAACUUCUCAGAAGUCCUCAGGAAAAACAGACGAGGAGGGCCUGGAGCUCGCUGUAUGUCGUCAUGGGGUUCUCCUUCGUGCCCUCAAUAUGUUCAGGGGGGAGAUUUUUGCCUACCCCCUGUACCUCCAAAAGCAAAUGGCCUGUAAGCCAGUUAAAUUUUUUGCAAUGGAUGUGGCAUGCAAGUACUGGCCUUACCUCCAGAGAGUGACAGAGAAAUGCCCUGAGCUUGAGGAUCUCCUCACCAUGAGGCCAUUUCUUUCUGUUUUUCAUGCCAAAGCUCAUGAUUUCAAAUGUGAGGUAAAAUGGAGUGGAGCAUAUCAGGAGGGGGCUGGUUCGACUCUUGGGGAAGAGGUGGAGCAGUGCAACGCCUUCCUCUUGAGGAUUGCUGUUACGACAAAGCACAUGUCAAAAGCAGGACGCAUAGACAUGCUGACGAUCAUGGCCAUGCGCUGGAACCAACAAAAGUUUGACAAGUUGGCUUCUACCCUUGCCCGCCGAUAUCGGAAGGCCACAAUAGCCCUGCAAUGCCAGUUGCAUAACCUGGAGGCCAUGAAAACGGAAAUGGACGUCUCAGACAAUCAACUGGAGAGGUGGAUCAUUGAUAUCAAUGAGUGGGCAGAAGCAACAACAUCCCCAAAUGAUGCUGAUGUUGCCGCUGUUGCCAGCCGAAUUGAGGAGCUGGUGGCAAGUGUUAAGAGGAGGUCCCAGCGUCUUUACAAGGAUAGUGACGGAUGCAAAGGACGUGCCCGAAUCCGCCGAAAGAUCAGGGAGGAAAAAAAAAUCUUAAAUUCUGUAGUGGAAAAGUACAACACCUUGGUUCCUAAUGCAGAAAAACUGUCAUUGGACACCAUUCUAUCUGACGAGAUUGUUUGGCCAUGGCAGCUUACACACGGUGACUCUGUUGAUCUAAGGACAAAGAGGAAGGCAUUCGACAUUGUGAUGGCAGUAAGGAGACUUGAGGAGGAGAAGAGGAUUCUUAUUGCAGAGAUGAACAAGCAUUGGAAGUCUCUUUGCUCCCGUGCAGACACCCUGAAGCAGAUGUCAUCCAAGCUUUCUAAUGUGACAUCAGGUGAGACUUGGGGCCUGCUUCAAGAUGGUAUCCGAGGUCUACAGAGCUUGACGAUGAAGAACAAGCGAGCAAGCAACAGCCUGGCAAAGCAUGCAAAGAAAUAUUAUGUUCAAGUUCUGACUGAAACAGAAAUUAACUUUGAUAGUGAUUCUGAGGAAUACCAUACCAGUAGUGACUCUGAGCAAGAUUAAACAUGGCCAGAGUCCUUUUUAUGCUGUUGUGUGCUGGGGAGGCAGCAUUAAAGAAGAGGGCCGCUGGGACAGGUUGUUAAGGAAAGCUGGCUCUGUGUUUGGCAUGGAGCUGGAGUUAAUUAUUUAACAAACUGAGGAUAAUUUGCAGUAGCAGUCUUCUGUCAUGCUCAACAUUGAGGAGGUCCUUUGUCCCCAGGGCAUACCAGCAACUCAAUGUCACAGAAAAGGUUAGGGGAGAAAUGGACUUUUCAGCAUGAGUCUCACCCUGCGCCAACCAUUACAUCGCUUUGUCUAUUGUCUAGUAUCCACUAUCCAUUUGACUGUCUUACAGGCUACAUUAGCCCCUCUACACAUUCUGAACUGUGGUUUCAACAUUUACCCCUGUUGGCUUGUAUAAUCUUUUUUUUUUUUAUAUAUAUAUUUAAGUUUCUGUUUUUCUAUCUAUUUUAACUUCUUUGUAUUGUUUUUGUUAAGCAAUACUAUUAUGCUCAGACUCUUUUUUCCAUAGUCAUAUUAAACAUGCACAGCUUUGCACUGAUUAAAUCCCUGCACUGUUUACUUUUGCACUACCACCACUGCAAAUCACUCUAUAGUUGCCCAUCAUGUAUCACAGGGUCAGUCCCUACCAGGCCUUUGUAAUCACUUGACAUGCUCUUCACUUUUUACAUUUGUGAUUUUUGUUAUGUGUCUGAGUUGUGUGUUGUUUUUGUGGUUGUAUAAGCUAAUAAAUGCCUAAAAUGUG